AUGGGAAUUCUGGAACGGCUUCGGUCCAGGCACAGUGGUAGGCAUAGUGCGGGGAAUGUCAGCGCGACCGAGCCUCCAACGCCGCCCCGCUUUCUCGGCCGUGAUUAUACCAGGGAGCUUCCACGAUCUGUGUUGGCCAGGAUCUUUACCUUUGUCUGUCCUCAUACCAAUGAUUGCUCUUAUGAUACCUCAGAGGAGUCAAUGAGUGAUGGCUGUAUGCUGUGUGACAUGCGCGACCUCGCGUGCUGCACCCAGGUGUGCAAACGAUGGUUCCUGGAGGCAAGAACACUCUUGUUUACCCAUAUUCGAAUCGAUCCUGUCCAUUACUGUCAGCUCGAAGUGACUCUGGCCGCCAAGCGAAAAAGACGCUCUUUCUUCGAUCGCAAUGGGAAUCCAAUUGAUGCACCCCAAGUCCGUCUGGAACUGUUGAUGCGCUCUGUUCGGGAAUCCCAAGGUCUGGGAAAUAUGGUGCUGUCCCUUCGCAUGCCGUACAUGACUCGUGAAGCGAACAAGGCCAAUAUCGCCCGCACCAUCUCAGUACUGCCCCACCUUCGCUAUGUCGAUCUUCCGACUGGUCUGUAUAGCGAUGAACCAUCUUGUAUGGCCUUGAAACAGGAGCUGAUGGUGCGAUGUACCGAUCUCCGUCACAUGGCUUAUCGCCACGGCUCAGAGGGAAGCUUUGCGCGGCUGCCAGGAUCACAACUCUGGAACCAGCUAGAGAGAUUAGAACUCUCCGGGCUGCAAAUCGAACCUGCCAUCCUUCGCAAUAGCCUGGCAGCAUUUCCCCAUCUACGCGAUCUGAUUCUCGAUGACAUCCCAACGCUGGAUGAUUCCGCGCUUGCGGGGAACACUUCUUUCCCACCUCUACCCGCGCUAGAGAAGCUCACACUUCGGGAUGUUCCCAAUGUGACGGCGAGCGGGAUUGCCUCAUUUCUCUCAUCGCCAUACAGCCAGUCCACCCUGAACUCAUUGACUCUUAUUUCAACUGGUGUCCUAGCCUCGACACUGCAUCAAAUCCUGUCACUCUCCUCACAUCUUGUGAGCCUUUCUAUCGAACAAGAAGUAUCACGAUCGUUUCCGGACCAGAAAAUCCCCGCACUCUCAUCCAAAUCACUGCGCCUUCUGCAUUAUGAAAUCACAGCAGAAACUGGCUGCCCAGGACUGCCUCCAGCGACCGAGUCAUAUUACAAGUACCUCAUAACAUCGUUGCUAUCUCGUUCAUUACCCGCUCUUCGCGACUUGUACGUCCGAGACUCACAGUUCCCCGACACUCUUCUACUCACCCCUCCCCCACGACUCUUUGGCGAGGACGGAAGAUCUCCUCGUGGACUUUCUCAGCCCCUGAAUGUUUACAGCAAGGGUCUGGAUGAACUGGAGUGGAAUUUCACUCCAUAUGAACCAGAUCCUAUCAUUGGGUCGCCUCCUGCCAAGACGCGCCCAGUGAGCUUCCAGGAAGCGCAGCUGAAUAGAUCCUGGGGCGGCGAUUCGCGCAAGAGUGUAUUGGUCGGUAAUGGGUUUGGAGGCUUCCUCGCUGUGCCAGUAGAUGAAGAAAGGCCCCAGAGCUCGGCUGGAUACAAGCGAUCGAGUCAACAGGAUCUGUGGCGAUAA